GCCGCCGCUGAGCAGCCUCGCCUUCGCCUCCCGCGUUUCCUGCCGUCCGCCCUCCCCAGGCCCGGCUCCAGGGGCUGCCGCCUAGCAGCUCCCUGCGGGAGAGCGGUUCAGAGCGCGCACGGGGGAGGGCGGAGGCGGCCCGGUGCGGGGCGGCAGCGCUGGAGAGAGGCGCGCGCGGAGACGCCGGCCCCCCUCUCCGCGUUUGCUCGCUUGCUCCCCGCCUCCCGCACUCCGCUCGCUCCCACCCCUUCCCGGCGUGAUUGAUCCGUCACGGGCGCCGCCGCUGCCGCCGCCGCCGCGGCCGUUCUGAGCGGAGCCAGAACCCGAGCCCGAGACGGAGCCGGGGCCCGGGCCGGCGCCAUUGCGCGGGCGCCGCGGGAAGAGCUUGGCGCGGGGCGGCGGGCCGGGCCAGGCCAUGCGGGCCGAGUGAGCCGGCGCCCGCAGCCCGCGGCGCGGCAUGGCUUCCCCGCGGAGCUCCGGGCCGCCCGGGCCGCCGCCGCCGCCGCCACCGCCGCCCGCGCGCCUGCUGCUGCUACUGCUGCUGCCGCUGCUGCUGCCUCUGGCGCCCGGGGCCUGGGGCUGGGCGCGGGGCGCCCCACGGCCGCCGCCCAGCAGCCCGCCGCUCUCCAUCAUGGGCCUCAUGCCGCUCACCAAGGAGGUGGCCAAGGGCAGCAUCGGGCGCGGUGUGCUCCCCGCCGUGGAACUGGCCAUCGAGCAGAUCCGCAACGAGUCACUCCUGCGCCCGUACUUCCUCGACCUGCGGCUCUAUGACACCGAGUGCGACAAUGCGAAAGGGUUGAAAGCCUUCUAUGAUGCAAUAAAAUACGGGCCGAACCACUUGAUGGUGUUUGGAGGUGUCUGUCCAUCCGUCACAUCCAUCAUUGCAGAGUCCCUCCAAGGCUGGAAUCUGGUGCAGCUUUCUUUUGCUGCAACCACGCCUGUUCUAGCCGAUAAGAAAAAAUACCCUUAUUUCUUUCGGACCGUCCCAUCAGACAACGCGGUGAAUCCAGCCAUUCUGAAGUUGCUCAAGCACUACCAGUGGAAGCGCGUGGGCACGCUGACGCAAGACGUUCAGAGGUUCUCUGAGGUGCGGAACGACCUGACUGGCGUUCUGUAUGGCGAGGACAUUGAGAUUUCAGACACCGAGAGCUUCUCCAAUGAUCCCUGUACCAGUGUCAAAAAGCUGAAGGGGAAUGAUGUGCGGAUCAUCCUUGGCCAGUUUGACCAGAAUAUGGCAGCAAAAGUAUUCUGUUGUGCAUAUGAGGAGAACAUGUAUGGUAGUAAAUACCAGUGGAUCAUCCCGGGCUGGUACGAGCCUUCUUGGUGGGAGCAGGUGCACACGGAAGCCAACUCAUCCCGCUGCCUCCGGAAGAAUCUGCUUGCUGCCAUGGAGGGCUACAUUGGCGUGGAUUUCGAGCCCCUGAGCUCCAAGCAGAUCAAGACCAUCUCAGGAAAGACUCCACAGCAGUAUGAGAGAGAGUACAACAACAAGCGGUCAGGCGUGGGGCCCAGCAAGUUCCAUGGGUAUGCCUACGAUGGCAUCUGGGUCAUCGCCAAGACGCUGCAGAGGGCCAUGGAGACACUGCAUGCCAGCAGCCGGCACCAGCGGAUCCAGGACUUCAACUACACGGACCACACGCUGGGCAGGAUCAUCCUCAAUGCCAUGAACGAGACCAACUUCUUCGGGGUCACGGGUCAAGUUGUGUUCCGGAACGGGGAGAGAAUGGGAACCAUUAAAUUUACUCAAUUUCAAGACAGCAGGGAGGUGAAGGUGGGAGAGUACAACGCUGUGGCCGACACACUGGAGAUCAUCAAUGACACCAUCAGGUUCCAAGGAUCCGAACCACCAAAAGACAAGACCAUCAUCCUGGAGCAGCUGCGGAAGAUCUCCCUACCUCUCUACAGCAUCCUCUCUGCCCUCACCAUCCUCGGGAUGAUCAUGGCCAGUGCUUUUCUCUUCUUCAACAUCAAGAACCGGAAUCAGAAGCUGAUAAAGAUGUCAAGUCCGUACAUGAACAACCUUAUCAUCCUUGGAGGGAUGCUCUCCUAUGCGUCCAUAUUUCUCUUUGGCCUGGAUGGAUCCUUUGUCUCUGAAAAGACUUUUGAAACACUUUGCACCGUCAGGACCUGGAUUCUCACCGUGGGCUACACAACCGCUUUUGGGGCCAUGUUUGCAAAGACCUGGAGAGUCCACGCCAUCUUCAAAAAUGUGAAAAUGAAGAAGAAGAUCAUCAAGGACCAGAAACUGCUUGUGAUUGUGGGCGGCAUGCUGCUGAUUGACCUGUGUAUCCUGAUCUGCUGGCAGGCCGUGGACCCCCUGCGGAGGACAGUGGAGAAGUACAGCAUGGAGCCUGACCCAGCAGGACGGGAUAUCUCCAUCCGCCCUCUCCUGGAGCACUGUGAGAACACCCACAUGACCAUCUGGCUUGGCAUCGUCUAUGCCUACAAGGGACUUCUCAUGUUGUUCGGUUGUUUCUUAGCUUGGGAGACCCGCAACGUCAGCAUCCCUGCACUCAACGACAGCAAGUACAUUGGGAUGAGCGUCUACAACGUGGGGAUCAUGUGCAUCAUCGGGGCCGCUGUCUCCUUCCUUACCCGGGACCAGCCCAACGUGCAGUUCUGCAUCGUGGCUCUGGUCAUCAUCUUCUGCAGCACCAUCACCCUCUGCCUGGUGUUUGUGCCGAAGCUCAUCACCCUGCGAACAAACCCAGAUGCAGCAACGCAGAACAGGCGAUUCCAGUUCACUCAGAAUCAGAAGAAAGAAGAUUCUAAAACGUCCACCUCGGUCACCAGUGUGAACCAAGCCAGCACAUCCCGCCUGGAGGGCCUACAGUCAGAAAACCAUCGCCUGCGAAUGAAGAUCACAGAGCUGGAUAAAGAUUUGGAAGAGGUCACCAUGCAGCUGCAGGACACACCAGAAAAGACCACCUACAUUAAACAGAACCACUACCAAGAGCUCAAUGACAUCCUCAACCUGGGAAACUUCACUGAGAGCACAGAUGGAGGAAAGGCCAUUUUAAAAAAUCACCUCGAUCAAAAUCCCCAGCUACAGUGGAACACAACAGAGCCCUCUCGAACAUGCAAAGAUCCCAUAGAAGAUAUAAACUCUCCAGAACACAUCCAGCGUCGGCUGUCCCUCCAGCUCCCCAUCCUCCACCACGCCUACCUCCCAUCCAUCGGAGGCGUGGACGCCAGCUGUGUCAGCCCCUGUGUCAGCCCCACCGCCAGCCCCCGCCACAGACAUGUGCCACCCUCCUUCCGAGUCAUGGUCUCGGGCCUGUAAGGGUGGGAGGCCUGGGCCCGGGGCCUCCCCCGUGACAGAACCACACUGGGCAGAGGCGUCUGCUGCAAAAACACUGUCGGCUCUGGCUGCGGAGAAGCUGGGCACCAUGGCUGGCCUCUCAGGACCACUCGGAUGGCACUCAGGUGGACAGGACGGGGCAGGGGGAGACUUGGCACCUGACCUCGAGCCUUAUUUGUGAAGUUCUUAUUUCUUCACAAAGAAGAGGAACAGAAAUGGGGCUUCUUCCUUAACAUCUGCAAGCAAGGAGGAGCUGGGAUAUCAAACUUGCAAAAAAAAAAAAAAAAUCUAGACAAGGAGAGAGGCGCUAGAACUCCAGCUGGAAGUCACGGAGUGACUCAAGCAGCCUUGGGAGGAGGCAAGGGGCUUCUGAAGAAACCACCUCUGCACUCUGCACACACAUCACUGGCUGUGACCCCUCAGGCUAGCCCUUCUCCACUCUGGGGGAGGAGGUGGGAAGGGCCACCAGGCCCCCAGCUGCCAGGCCAGCCGACCCCAGCCUUCCUGGAACAGGGAGUCUGCAGGAGCGCAGACAGGCACAGCCCUGGGGUAGGCAGGCAGAGCACUGGGGCACCGCAGCAGGCUGACUUACAUGCUCCUGAUGGGACCUGUGUCACCCAAUGAGAUGUUUGUUACUCUGGUAAAUGCCACACGUUAACACAAUAAAACCCAUUCCGGGGACCGUGGGGAUUUAGGGCACGUCACUGCAGACACGCUCUGCAGCAUUCACCGACAGUCUGUCAUGCACCCACCACGUUGGCCAUGUCCUUGUGUUCCUAUCGAGUGCUCCCAGUAACCAGGGGGACCACCCGAGCUAAUCAUGGAAUGUCCGUUCCCAGCAAACACGAUAAAGAAAGAUUGUGCACUUUAACCUCUCUCAUCAGGGCCCAAGGGCUGGCUGGGAUUUUUUUUUCCCACUAACUUUGUUUCUGACCAAAGUGAAUCGGAGGCAUUCUGCUAAAAGACAUCCCUGUAGACACAGGGGAGAGAGUUGCUGGCUGAGGGCUUCCCUUGGCUUCCAGAAGGCAGCCUUCCAUCCAGACAAGCCAGUGAGCUCUCCCCUUGGGAUCACCGGGGUGAUCCGUCAGCAGAUUGAUUCUCAUUCAUAAGAUCAUUCUUCCCUUUUAAUUGAGCCCCUAAGAGCACUGGCCUGGGAGUCAGACAGACCUGGGUUCAAGUCCUCAGUCCCCUGCCCACUCCCUGCGUGACCUUGAUCAGGUCACUAGUGUCUCUCUGAGCCUCAGUUUCCCCUCUGUAACUUGGGGUUGAAAUAACACCUGUCCUGCCUACCUCACAAGGUCACUCUGAGGAUUGAAACUUGAUCUUGUCCAGGAAAGCUUUGUACCAAACAGUGAAGCCGCCCUGACCCGUGAGGUAUGAGUAUGACUCUGACCUUCAGCCCUCCCUACAGCCGGGGCUGUGGCCCAGAGAAGCUUCCCGCACAGCCCUCUACCCAGAACAUCAGGGCUGGAGGGAAGCUCCCAGUGACUUUUCUGACAUUCCUAGACAGGUUCAUUCUUUGCUCAAGAAAGGCCCGAAUGACAGCGUCCAGGAUGUCUGCACAACUGAGCAGCUCGCUCACUCCCUAAAGAAACCUAUUGGCAGCUUCAACAGGCAGGCAAUAAUCUCUUCCCAGAACCACUGCAGUCAGGAAUAAACUGUUUUCUCCACCAGGCUUUGACAAAAGGGCCCACAGGAAUCUUACCAUCGCCAACAUUUCAAAGCACCCUAUUUCACGUAGCAUAGCUUUCUGCUCCCCUUCCCCAAAGAGAGGUUAUGGAGGUACUGUAGCUUUUAGGGAAAAAAAAAAAUGUUAACACAUCACAGGUCAAGUUGAAGUCAUUCUCUGUUUAGGCACUAAAAAUCGGUGUUGUCACUCACUGUGUAUUACCAGUAUUUACUUGCUUUCUUGAUUUCACCAAAACCAAAUUUAAUUUAAAGGACCACAUUAAUUUUUCAAAGGGAAAGAGACAAUUAAUUGUACAUAAUGUAUACACACACACACACACAAAAAAAAAAAAUACCUGUAGAAAUAUUAUUCCAGCAUAGCAGGAAAACAAACAAACAAAAGUAUUGGACUGUCGGAGGUGAGCCUGUGCGUCUGUAACCCUUUGUGACUCCUAAGCGUGCGCCGUCUUCUAGGUUAACUCACGAAGUACAUUCUCUGUCUUACUGAUACUGUAGGUUCACCCUUUUUUUUUAAUUUCCUCGCAAAUAACAAGACCCACAGAAGUGACUCUAGCUAUUUAAUGGUUCUGUUCUUUUAUAUGCAACAAACACACCGUCCAUUUCUGAAGAGGCUUCGGCCUGAAGGCAUUUUCCAAUGAUGUUAGUGCACAAACGCUUUAAAUUAGACUGGAACUGCCAGAAUCAAAUGUAAAUGAGGAAUUUCUCGUACCCCUACUGCAUGGUAUCGAUUUUUAAUAAAUUGUUGCAAAUUUGUUUUUAUGAAUAAAAGGAAAAAACCUGUCGUCUUUAA